AUGAGACAUCUUAAUAUCCUGUUCCAAGACACUGCCAUGCAACAGAAAGCAUUAGAUUGGUUACAGAGUGCUCAACAGAGGAACACUCCUCUUACAACAUUCAUCCCUGACUUCAACACCAAGAUUCUAGAAGCAGGUGGUCAGUCUUGGGAGGAUCAAAUGAAGAUUAGCAUGCUCAAGAAGGCAUUGACUUUCGAACUCUUACAGGCCCUUGUGAGCGCAGAUGAAGACCCAACUUAUGAAGGCUUCUGCACACAGCUCCGGACAAUGAAUGAUCAUCUUACCAAGCUCAAGAAUAUACAGAACAGUGGCAGAAGACAUUACACCCCAGCGACUUAUACACCUGCACCGACAAAUAACCCAGUCACUUAUACACCUGCACUGACAGAUAACCCAGCCACUCAUACACCCACACCGAAGAACAACCAUGAUGCAGAUGCCAUGAACUGA